UGCGCAGUGUCAACAGGGGGACAAGCGAGCGAGCGAGCGGCAGUCGAUCCAACGAUCCGACAGACACGCUCGUCUCGAGCUGUCUUUACAUUUUUAUAUCAAAAAUAUUCCACAAACAUCCAAGUUAAACUUAUACAGUGACGCGUAAUAACUACAUUAGUGUUAUAAAAGCGCGCGAAGUGAAAUCUUUAAGAUCUGUGAACGAACACGGUAUUCAAAUUAGGAACGUUCAUCGACACCGAUUGUAAAGCUUGUUCUUUUCAUUGAAGUAGCGACUGGACUCUUGGAUUUGGUUGUGGCUAUGUGAUGUGAGUUAAUUCUAGAUUUUCACUACAGCGGAAACAGCUUACGUAGACGGCUAGCGGUAAAACGCCGUCCGCGCCGCACGCUAGUUCUUGUUUCAUGUUGAGUAACCGUCAGGUUUCUAAAAAGUGCUUUCGAACGAACAUACAGCAGCGUAUACGUGAAUUUUCGGUGGUUCGCCCACUGUAGUCCCGUUAGAAAGUGUGUGGGACUGUGGACAGUUUGUUGUGGAGUAGUCGCAUGGACCGGGAGUGCCGAGGGUCGAGUGGUAGUGGGCCGAGGGUGUUGUUGUGAGGUGGUGAGCAGUGCAUGGCGCGAUGAUCAGCGGCGGCUGGGUGUGCGCGCUGCACGUGCGCACGGCAGGGCUCGGCGGGGCAGCACUGGGCUCCGACGAGGAGGAGAUCGUCUAUCUCGCCUAUGUUGUUAUUGAUGUGCUCACGAAUCAGAUUAUUGGAGAGAGAGAAUAUGCCGUCAGACCUACGAGAAGGCCUUCGGAGGAACUACAGACUGGACAGCCCUUAGAAGUUAUAGUACAACAGUUCGAUGAGUUCGUGAGGUCGCUGCAGGUGGACCCCCACUCUCCACUCUUCAGGCUCGUCACUGACGGACAACCUCCUUUAAGACAAUGCCUGCACCCCGAAGCGUGCAGCAAGGACCUCUCUCUCCCCACAUACUACGCGCGUUUCCACGAUAUUCGCAAGGAGUAUGUGCGCGCUUACACGCUGCGAGCGGUGGCAGGCGCGCGCGCAGCCGCGCCGCCCCCGCCGCCGCCGGAUCACCCCGGGUCACUGCUUGAUAUGCUCAAUUAUUUAGGUAUAAGCCCGUACAGCGGAGACAACUUCUACGCAGCCGAAGUCAAAGACAUGGCCAGCAUUAUCCAAAGGAUAAUCACUGAUGGUUUCCGGUUAGAGUUACCCGAGACUGUGGACUUAGUUUUAGAAACUGGCAUUUGCUCAAAAGACGAUGAAAUAGACGGUAACUGCAUAGUACGCGCACGAGGCUUGCCGUGGCAGUCAUCAGAUCAGGAUAUCGCCAAAUUCUUCCGAGGACUCAAUGUUGCCAAAGGUGGCGUAGCCCUGUGCCUCUCGCCUCAAGGAAGACGUAACGGCGAGGCGCUGGUGCGCUUCGUAUCCCAGGAGCACCGCGACAUGGCGCUCAAACGACAUAAACACCAUAUCGGCUCGCGGUACAUUGAGGUGUACCGUGCAAGCGGCGAAGACUUCCUGUCAGUCGCAGGAGGAGCCACUUGCGAGGCAGCCGCCUUCCUCUCCCGAGGCGCUCAGGUCAUAGUGCGGAUGAGAGGACUGCCCUAUGAUGCCACGCCGCAACAAGUUCUGGAUUUCUUCUCGACGGGCGACAACCCAGUCCUAGUACUCGACGGAGCGGAAGGCGUGCUAUUCGUUCGUCGAGCUGACGGCCGGGCCACGGGAGACGCCUUCGUACUCUUCGCUAAGGAGGACGAUGCUCCUAAGGCGCUGUCGAGACACCGCAAGUCUAUCGGAGCCAGAUAUAUUGAGCUGUUCCGUUCUACUACUGCUGAAGUGCAACAGGUCUUAAACAGGUCCUUGGAGACGCGUACCAGCCAGUCGAGUACUCCAUCAACAGCGCCUGCUCCCGCUGAGGGUCUACUCCCGGUAGCCCUGGUUCCUCAACACGUCAUCACGUCAGGAACUGCUAAGGACUGUGUCAGGCUUAGGGGCUUGCCUUAUGAAGCGCAGGUCGAGCACAUAUUGACAUUCUUAGACGAGUUUGCCAAAAACAUUGUCGUGCAAGGAGUACAUAUGGUAUACAAUGCUCAAGGCCACCCCAGCGGCGAGGCGUUCAUCCAGAUGGACAGUGAGGCGAGCGCGUUCCUGUGCGCGCAGCAGAAGCACCACCACUACAUGACCUUCGGCAAGAAGCAGCGGUAUAUCGAGGUGUUCCAGUGCUCGGGCGACGACAUGAACCUGGUGCUGACCGGCGGCGUGACGCCCGCCACGUCGCCCAAGGUGCUCUCCCCCGGUACGUUGGUGUCCCCCCCGCCGCCCGCGCCCGCGCCGCGCCUGCUCGCGCACCACAUCGCGCACCAGAGCCUGCUCGCGCGACAGCACGAGAACCUCCUCCUCGCCUCUCUACGCCCUCCCCUCCUCCCCAUCCUACCCUACGCGGCCGUCCGCGCUCAACAACCCACCCCCCAGCCCUACCAACUCCCACAAAUGUUACAACAACAAACUAUGUUACCAACCAAACGCUCGUACGAACGAGCAUUCCAACAAACAGAGGCUACCCCCGCAAAGAGACCUUAUAUGCCACCUCAAAUGACCCCCGCUCUAUCGUUACCCGUCUUCUCUUACGGCACAUCGGCUCCGAUCUUCUCUUACGCGAAUACAUCCCCGAUGUUGUCGACGUAUAACACGUUACCGACAGCGUUGCCGACGGCCUUGCCGGCGGGCUACGGCUCCGCCCUGAGUGCGGCCCUGCCCGGCUCGAUGACGUCACCCUUUCCGACGCUAUCCAUGUUCCCCACGUACCCGUAUUACCCGGGCGUUUAAAUAUUAUUUUAAACUUAUGAAGUAGAUAAACGUGCCUUUAAAAUAUGUCUAAUUAUGAAUUUGCGUUUUAAACGUCGCGUUUUGUAAAAAUAUAUUAAAAGAACUGAGUAACAAAGCUCGAAAUCAACAUGCCUUCGAUUUUACAUAAAUAACUACGUUAUUCAAAUAGAUUAUAAAACAGUUAACUAAUAAUAUUUUAACAUUAGACUCGUUACGUUACUGAGUACAAGAACUAACGUGCUAAAACAAAAGUACCUGACGGGAAAUAAAGGUAACAUUAACGAUAAAUAAGUAAAUAUCUUUCUCUUUCAUACUUCUGUCAAAAAUAGAUGCUCAAAGUCAAAAUCAAAACGCACCAAGCGCCGUAUUUCGUUUAAAUUCUUGUGUGCGUCGAGACAGCUAGACCAUGUCACAAAGUAUGUCAGUUGAAAACUUAAACAUUUAAAUUGUUGAAACGCAUAGAGUGAAGUCGGUGUAGAAUUUAAAUGUUUUACAUUUUAAGGCACAUUGCCAAUAAUUGAAAAGAUACCUUUACUUGGAAACAGGCCGAUGAAAAAUUAUCCAAGGGCCGAAUUUAAGUUCAAGUUGAGGUCUUAUUGCGUCUGGCAAAAACUAGCCAAAAAACAGGGUAGAAAAAAUGACAUUUUCGACGUUUAAGCUCAAAAGAAAGGAGUGCCUUCGCUAUUUUUACGCUAAUUUAAGGAAAUAUGUAUCAUGAAUUUACUACAAACUUAAGUUUGAAAUCUAUAAAGGCAGUUAUUAGGCAGCUCGAUAUUGCUAGGUUAAGUACUUACUUAAUAUACUUGUUGAUUUUAUUACUUGACUUUAAAUAUUGUUGAACUCUCAUUUUAAUAUGUUUAAUUAUCAUUAAGUGAACCAGAGGUUGUUAAUCAAUGACAAGUAGUUGUAUGAUUUUAUUUUAUGGAUUAAGACAGGGGUUGCCGUGCGCGAAAAAUAUACCAUUAAUUUAACAUUCACUUAAUAAAAAUAUUACGUAAUAGGAUUUUCGAUCCAGCUUGGCUGACAAAAAUAUUUUAAUCUGGCAAUGCAGCUAAAUAGCCCUUCAAUAUGGCAGCCCCAACAGUGUGAUUAGAUGUCGUUGUGAUUUUUAAAUAUUAAACAUUCCAUGAUGAAAAGACAAUGUUUUGCCAAUUUCUUGAAGGCUGAUCGUAAGUCUGAGAAAGUGUUAGGUACUUAUUGUCAUUCGAAGCUUAUGUAUUGCAUAAAUAGUGUAAGGAAACCACAUUUUUAUUACGAAAAUAACAAAGAAAUCAGCUCGUGGUUAUUUUUAGGGCACAAUAUGGCUUCUGCAAAAAUCUUCUAUCAUUCCAAUAGCUUUUAAAUAUCUAUAAAUGUUGAAUAGUCAUGCAAUAUAUUCGCUUCACGACAUUUUUGUAGGUUAUUUAAGCGAUAAGAUUUACUUAAAGUUUUGUUUUUUUUUUUGUUUGAGUACAAUGCGUGCGUACACUUUUUGUGCUUUUUUUAGUAAAUAUCUUUAUAAUAUUAGUGUUUUGCUUCCGUGUUUAAACAUUUUAUAUUUAACACAUGCAAAAUGAAUUGAUUUUUUCCGUGGUUUUCGGCUUUAUUCUGGUUUUUUGCAGAGAACAUGAAGUUAAUAUUUAAAGGAUAUUAUGUAGUUAAAAUCAUCAGGAAUCGUUUUAACGUUUAUUUACAUUUUUAAGCCAUUUUCUUUAAUAAUGAAGUAAAAAAUCAUUUAAAUCUAUUUUAAAGUUAUUGAAAAUAUUUUUUAUUUCGUCUUAACUUAUAAAAAUUACUUAAUUUAGGAGUAAUUUUCGUUAAAAUUUCUAAAUCGUGGUCGGCCGCAAUUCCCAUGAUGUUCCCAUCCCUCUCCCAUAGGUACAUCCCAAAGUAUAUUACAAUAUAAUAUCACCGAGUAACCCUGGUUAUACCACCUAGCUUAACCUCAUCGUCUUUACCUCACACCACAUAGAAUAGAAUACAUUAAAAUUAUAAUUUACUGCUAUAUCUUUGGAUUAUAUUCCCUUAUUUUAUCGCAAAAACGUGACACAAAAAAAAAACUUUUUUUUUCUAAUUAUAAAUGUCAUAAACUGUCAUAAAAACAGAGCGUAAAAUAAAGAGAUAUAAUCCAAAUGGGUGACUUGUAUUAUGGAGUAAUAUUAUAAACUAUAAGUUAACGUCAUUUUAUAUGGUGUCGUCAUUGUCUCAAUAAUCACAAAUAUAGGUAUGGGGCUUUAGUCACAAGUACACGGUGUAAAGGCUAAUCUUUGUUCUGUCAUUUCUAAAUUUUAUUUACUUACUUGUAAUUUUGGCAAUCUGAACUGGUCAUUUUCUCGAAAAUAUAUGAAAUAUUCCCAUUAAGAUCUGUUAAACGUUUCAAGUUGCCAAAAUUAUGAUUUAGUCUAUUUUACAAUGCAAUACUGUGUUUAUUAAUGGUUAUAUAUACAAAAAUGUUGUAUUAUGGUGUAUCCGUCGGGUUGUGUUAUGGAAAAUUGCAUGAAACCCAUCAGAUGACGGUAAGUGUUGCACACUUUAUUGUUGUAUUAAAAACAGAAAUAUAUGUCGUUUUCCGAAAUUAAAAUUUGAGGGUGUAGCAUGAACCGCUUAAUUUUAAGGAAAAGGGUUGCAUGGCUCGGGUUGAAAAAAUAUAAUCCGAUAUUUUAGCUUCCGUAGUUUUCCAAAGCACAUCGCGGCCGGAUACCAAUUAGUUUCGAAUACGGAACUAUAUGUUACUGUUUCAUGAAAUUAUGUACACGGUUGUAACUUUAUCUUGGUACUAUGGUUCGAAGGGGGGUGUCUCCGAAUGGUCGCAUUCAAUGCAUUUGUAUCGAGUUACUAAUAUGGCUAUGAAGUGACGAUAUGAGUUCUCUAAAGCUACGUCUGUGCAUUACGCUUCCAUACCUUGUAGUUGGAAUAUAUCCUACAUAGUAUCAUGAGGUAAAGUUCAUUCAGUCUUGGUAAGGGUCCUAUCCUCCAGUCAUUAACACGCAAACCUAUAAUCACAGCUUCUCUCUUCUCUGGCUCUCUCGAAGAUUCUGCGCUUAUCCUUAGUCUCGUUACGGAGCUCAAAAUUAUAUCAACGAAGGUAUUUUGAUAAUUUUUAGUGAUGGUUUUUAUCGGUCUCAUCUUGAAAGGUUUAUAUUGAAAACAAAAAAUAUAUAAGUUAAUAUAUGGUUUUUAUAAAAUAUAUUUUCCGAUAUAUCUUGCACUAAAUAUUAUUAAAAUAGUUCCUGUGUAGUGACUGGGGGAAGUGGUGUGAGGAAGUCGGAUGUUUUGUUCGUUAAACUAUAGACAAAUGUCACGGGUCACAACAUGAACUGCCAAAGCGUUUCGACAACAGUUAUCAUUUUUAUAUUAACUAACGUAGAAAAACUUUUUCGAUGCGCUUACAAAUUAUACUUUGAAGCCGGAAAAUCAUAUAAAAAAUUUAGUUAUUAUUGAGUAGAACUAAGUUUUUUUUCCGUUUUACAGAGUUUUUGUCUCAUCUUGUUAGAAUCAUGAUGGUUUUUUUUUAUUAUUAUAACUUUAGUUGAAUAAAUAUAGUGUAUUGCGAUUAGAAAUAAAAGGUUAAUUUACAUGUUAGAUGAUAA